AUGUUCAAAUUGCUGAAUUUGAAGCUGGUGGACCCGACAUGUAUGUGGGCGCAGCUGGACGGCCCCGUCGGCGUGGAGGCGCUCGACAAGCGUCAGUACGACGAGCUUUUCACGCGCAUGAACGUCUUCUACAAUGGCGUCACCAGGGACAUGUGCGCGGUGACGCCCUCCUCGCUGGCGGUGGGACAGGUGUGUGUGGUGUACUGGUCCCAGAUGAAGAUGUGGUGCCGGGCCCGGCUGGAGUCCAUCGCCUCAGACUCGCACGCGUUUUACGCUUGUUGUUACCUGCUGGACCACGGAGAACCUCUGGUUGUCCUCUUCAGCCAAAUCCGACGUGUCGAGCUGGACUUCCUCCAGCUCCCGUUCAUGAUGAGGAGGUUACACCUGGCGAGGGUCAAGCCCCUGACGCUGCAAGUGUCUGUUUGCGAGAAGGCCAAGCUGGUGCCGUCCAGCCGCUGGGACAGCUCGGCCACGUCUUACUUGUACCACCUUUUCAAAACAUCGAGUCAGGUGGAGGCCGUGGUACUGCAGGACGGGUCCCACUCUACCGCCAUCGAGCUCUACGUGAGCGUCAACGGUGUCAAGAUUUGUGUGAAUGAUGAGCUGGUGGCCAAGAGGUUUGCUAUUUACAGCCAAGACGUGUCUAAUAGCAGCAAGCUGGAGCAGCUCAAUAUUCAGCAUUUUAGGUUUCCAAACCGCGGCCUCAAAGCACCUGCCUGGAAGCCGCCAGCACAGGUCGCGGCCGCUCCAGUGCCAGUAACAGAAGUGGAAACUGCACCCCCUCCGGUGAUGCAGCCUGCUGGACUGCGAGCCUGUGAUCUAAUGACGGCGCCCUCUCAGAGUCCUGAGUACGAGGGAGGCAUCACCUCAGAGGUCACAGAUGGACAAGCGUUACUGGGCAGCCAAUCAGAGAGUGACACAUUAGAGGAAUCCGAUGCCUCCCUGGCUACCGCGUUCAAGUCCCACCUCACUCUGUUCAGGUUCAUGAGGUUCCUCAAUCCUGAAUGCAGCUUCGAGGCCGAGACAAGUGUGAGUCAACCUGAGGAGCUGACAGAGUGUUCACCGCCACAUGCUUCCAGCUCGCCCAGCACAGGACAGGAAGUGCUGCCUCCCGGCCAAUCGGACGUGAUGAAGAGGACCGACGACAACUGGGCUUGCACGAGACUUUUGGAGUGGCUGAAUCCACAAUCUCUGAAGUUUCAUUCAGAAGAUGCAGGUGACCCGGUCCUUCCCAGCACUCCCAAGACUGGUGACAUUCUGGUACACUCUGACCUCCCAAUGGAGACGUUUUCAAGCCUGGAUGACGCCCCCAUCACUGACACCUUCCGCAGGAUGUUGCAGAGGAAGCAGUUUUGCCCGUCUCCUGCGGACCUCCUCACUUGGGCCGCCGUGGCUCGAGGAAACAACACAGUGGUCAUUUCGCAUGCUGGUGACCAGCCUCAAAGCUACCUGGCCCCCCUCCUCAGUCACAUACUGCUCAGCACCAUCUUCACCGUCUCCUCAUCCAGAGCGGGCCCAGUAGCAGUGGUGCUGUGUCCCGGCUGGGAGAAGGUCCACCUGCUGUGCGACCUUCUUGAGGAGAGCAAGGUUUCCCAGAGGCUCAAGACAACCAGUGUGCUGAUAGGUGGUGCCAAAGAUGAGGCCAACAACAUCAAUAUUCCCAAAGACUGCCUGCUGUUAGUGACUACUCCCUUCAGUCUCGUGCGUCUCCUGUCAUGUCACUGCUUUCUGUUCCUGCGUUUCGGUCACCUUGUGCUGGAUGAGGCCGACCAGCUCUUCACGCUGGCUCCAGACCAGAUGGAGAUAAUCUUGCAGCAUUUUCAGAAGGUCAUCUCCCGCCAGGAAAUGUCAUUGUGUCCGCAGCAGCUGGUCGCUGUAGCCAAGCGAUGGACGGGUCAAAUGGAGGCUUUGAUUGCCAAUCAUAUGCCCUACGCUUGCAUGGUCAUCGCAGCUCCUGAAGAAGCAGCCCUCUAUGGAAACGUGCAGCAGGUCGUCCUCAUGACCUUGGAGAGCAGCAAGAUCGCCACACUGUUGAGUGUGAUAGAUUUCUGCCCUGAUGUGGGCCAGAAGACUGUCAUCAUCUGCAACGCCGCUGAAGAGGUUGAAGAUGUCCACAAAGCUGUGAGCAGUAAAUUGGGUUUCUGUAUGAAGACUCAUGAGGGUUUAACACACACCUUUGACUUUGUGCACCAGCAGUGGGCCAAAAGUAUUAGACCCGGCACACACGUCAUUCUGGUCAUCACCAAUGAGUGCCUGAGAUGUUUAGCGCUGACAGAUGCCACCUGUGUGGUCCAUUUCGGAUUCCCAAGGUCUCCCAAAAUGUUUGGAAGCAGACUCUUCUGCAUGAGCAGCAACUUCCGAAACCUCUCAGAGCCUCCUUCCUCCCAGAACACAACGUCGAAAGGUCCUCAAGUCUGCAAGUCCUUUCUGCUGGUCUCUGAGAGGAACGCGCAGCACGUUGGUGGCCUGGUGCGCUAUCUCAAACGAAGCCACGCUCUGCUACCAGCAGAGCUGCUGGCCUUCGCGGAAGCGGCUGACGAGGCCCAAGAGGAGGGCAAGACUGAGCGGCCGCUCUGUCGCCACCUGAAAAGUUUUGGAGUGUGCAGGUUCAGCGUGUGUCCAGACCGCCACAGGCUCAUUUCUCAGCUGGAUCAGUCCAAUCUUCCGGCUUCUGGACUCAUAGAGGUGUUGCCUCUCUACGUCAAGACGGCAUCUGUCUUCUUUGGUCGAAUAAUCCGGGAGGAGGACGGCGUGUUUGACCGCAUGGUGGCUGACAUGACGUCUUACUAUGCUGACCACCAGCUGUUUUCUGAGGAGGUGCAAGAAGGAGGCUUGUACGCUGUGCAGGAGGACCAAGACUUCCACAGGGUGAAGGUCUUGACUGUCCCCGACACCAAAGGCCGGCUAUUUUUCAGUGUCCUUGUUCGCUUCAUUGAUGUUGGCAAAGAGAGAGAAGUCAAAUCCCACCAGAUCCUGCAGCUACCGGAAGAGUUCCACUCUGUGCCCGGCCAGGCUGUGGAGAUGAUUGUGUGCCAGGUGAAGCCUGGUGACGCCGAGGCUGACUGGCAUCCAAAGGUGACUAGAGCCGUCAGCCAGAAGAUCCAAGGUGUCAAGCACAGAGCCAGAGCCGUGCACAGUCUGGGAAACACAGUCUUCCUGGAUAUUAUGGUUCGGGAGACUCGGGUGCCUGGUAUGAAGACGGUAAUCAGUGAGUACAACGUACCCACGCUCAUUCUGAACACGGGCAUGGCCGAACGAAACCCGGGUCACCUGGACCAGCUGAAGGCGCUCAGUCGGGAAGGAGUGACCGAUCGUGCGUGCGGCAGGAAUCGAACCAGUGACCCUCCAGCGGAACCCGAGUCCUUACAGAUGAGCAAUUGUUUCACUAUCGGAAACAAAACAGUGGAAGGAGUCAAGGAACCGGAAUUACCAGAACACAAGUCACUUCCUCUUCUCCAGGAAGCAGACGAGAAGACAAACAUCCAAACUUCUUCUGAUAUCAGCGGAACUGAAACCAACCCAACAAUUAACCAGCCUCCUCAUCUUAACACCUUCAAAGACGGUGAUCCCGCUGGUGACGAUCAAAACAAUGAGCUGCUCAUCACUUGCCAUGGAGACAUGACAAAGAGUCUGCACCCUCAGGUCCGCUGGUACCAGACGUCCACAUCAUUGAGCGUCACGCUGAAGAUGAGGGACCCGCAGCGUCAGCGCUGCGACUUCCACCCGGACCGCGCGGUCUACAGUGGAAACGUGGAUGGUCGCCGCUACAGAGCGGAUCUGGAUCUCUACGCGGGCGUGUUGGCCGAGCGCUGCCGCUGCGAGUUGAAGUCCAACGAACCUGUCCUCACACUGGUCAAACGAGAGUGCGGCUACUGGCCCACGCUUCUCAGGAGCAAGAACAUUUUUGUGAGUUACGAUAUGGAGCACCUGGAGGAGGAGGAAGACAACGUGUCAACUCAUAGUGUCGCGUUUGUGGGCGACACGGGAGGAGACUACCACUUUGUCGAAAGAGACAGCAGCACCGACAGCGACUCCACCUGCUGAAGAUCGUCAAUUUUAUGCUGCAAGGAGACAUCCAAGCCCUUCGUGACAGUGCUUGUGUCACAACAAGAGGUUUGGAUUCUAAAAGUCCUCCAAAAGACUGAAGAACAUGUAGAGAUGUGACCAAAGACGUAAAAAAAUAAAUCUGGACCAUGACCCACGAGGGUCCCAUAAAUUAACCCAGCUUGACAUCGUCAUUAUGCAACGCAAUUGGCUAGUUCCAAAAUUGACCAUAUAUAAGGAACAUUUUCCACAGAAACCUCUAAUUAUAUAUACAGGACCAUAAAAAAGUAUUUGCCCCCUUCUCAAAUUAUUAUUUUUUGCAUAGUUUCCCCACUUUAAGAUGUCAAACAAAUGUAAAUAUUCGACAAAGAUAUAAGCCAAGUAAACAUAAAAUGCAGCUUUUUAAAUGAUUUCAUUUAUUAAGAAAAAAAAACUCUUCGAAGCCACCUGGCCUCGUGUAGAAAAAGUAUUUACCACCCUUAUUAAAUCAUGAAUGUGGCUAAAACAUUUAAAUAGAACCUGUCUGAAAAAAGGAAGUUGGAAAAAGUUCUCAAAAAACUGCAACAAAUGCCACAGUGCUCAUCUUUUGCAAAAAAAAUAAAUAAAUAAAUAAACAAACAAAAAAAGAAACAUCUGAAUGAUUCCCAAGACCUACGGGGAAUAUUCUGUAGACUGAUG